AUGGUUGAUCACGGCCUAUUGCAGGGCGAAGCACCGCCCUCAGCUGACAUUCUUACAGCCUGGCUCAAGGAGUAUGGAGUGCUAGUGUCGGAUGGUGUGAAGAUUGUGCCGAUGGCCGAUGGGACUGGUUGGCGUGUAGUCGCCGCGCGGGAUCUCGAGCCGUUCGAGCCAAUCGUUAAGAUUCCAAAAUCGGCUAUCCUCUCUACUCGCACGUGCUCACUUCCCCCACUCUCGACUUCAAUCGACAGCGUUGCCACCACUUCGCAUACCAUCCUCGGCCUCGCCUUGGCACUCCUGCACGAACUCCGCCUUGGCCCCGACUCAAGGUUCUGGGGAUAUACCCAGUCGCUUCCGCGCGCCACCGUCCUCGUCCCAUCCUUGUGGCCACUGGAUCCCAAUGCCGAGUCGGCAUCUGCGUGGCUGCAAGGUACCGAAGCGAGUAGGGAUAUCGAGCGUCGCAAACUCGAGGGUAUCGGACUUGAUUCGAUGCGACGGUGGUACGCUGCGACAAGGACACAUCUUCCCCCCACCCGCUUUCACACCGGCCCGUCACCCUUCGAAGCGUUCGCACACGCUUACAGCCUGGUGUCGACCCGUGCUUUCCUCGUCGACCUGUACCAUCUGGUUGCGCUAUGCCCAUUCGCGGACCUCCUGAAUCACAGCGGGGCAAAUCACACCUCGCUCGCGAGCGACGACUUUGUAUGUCACCGCUGCGGAUCCCUACCAGUCUGCGAGCAUGAUGGGCCCGACCUUGAUCGCCUAACGCACCUCGAGGAACGGGAGCGCGCCCGCCUCACUGAGCCAGACACGGUGGACAUGUACGUCGAGAUGCCUGCUGCGGCUGGCGACGAAGUGAUGAACACGUACGGCGAGCACCUCUCAGAGGCGCGACUGCUCGUCGAGUGGGGAUUCGUGCCGUCUGAGGAGGACGCAGGAGACGCGCUUGUGGCCGAGGCCGUCACCUGGGAGGUGGAGGAGCUCCUUCAGGGGACCAAGGAGGUUGACGUGAUCGACGCUGUUGUGGCCGCAUCAAGUCACCUCGAGGAAUGUGAGGACGCACUCCUCUGCCUUCCCUCGAGAGGUAUGUACCACAUCAAUCUGGCUGGACAGGUCAGCCUCCGCCUCUUCGCUGCGCUGUACGCGCGCCAUGCGCCGCUGCGCUUCCUGCUCGGCGACGUCCGAUGCCUAGAGGAGGCAUGGGAGAUGGUGGAGAACGGCUGUGAGAGCAUUCCCAUCAAUAAACAUCUUGUGGCCGUUGCGUCUGACCUUCGCGAGCUCGUACUCGCGCGGUUGCAGGGCAUGUACCGGCCCGAUAUGGAGGUUGGGAAGAUGUGUGAUACCCGCGAGGCGCUACCAGAUGACGCUCGGCUGGAGCAUAUGGCCAUGACGGUUGCGAUUAAUGAGCGCGCGCUGCUGCGGUCUGUAUUGGAGCGGUGGGAGACGCUGCUGGCUGCGGUGGAAUAG